AGAAAUAAAUUAGGUUAUAAUUUUUCUAUGUUGCAAAAUAUUUGUUAAACGAUUAACGUUGUCAGUGCCGACUAUUAUCUUGUAACGUAAGUUUGAAGUUUCGGUACUCGAUAUUUAGUGUUUAAAAGGAUAAUGUGUGCAUAAUUUUAUCAAUAAGAAUUAUACGUAUUGUAAUAUACUUGUUUACAAUUCGAAAUUUCAAGCAACUUAUUGUUUCUCUAUUCCAUGCUAUACUAAUACACAUUUCUAAACCUUCUUACGAGGCUAGGAAUCUUACAUUGCAUCUUUCCAUCUAGACAAAAAAUCAUAAAUGAAUUGAAAUCAGGUCCUUAAUUUGAAUCUUCAUAUUUAAGGAUAUGGCCUUGAGGGAAUCAUAAAACUCAAAUUGAAAUGUAUUUUAAAUGUUUUUCCAGAAGACUAUUAUAAAAAUAGUUUAACUAUUAUGUUUUAUAGUGUUUAAUGAUAAACCUGAAUUAUUUAUAUUUUACAGUCUCGGGUAAUUAUGUCCUCUCGAACCAAAAGUUUACAUGGCAUGGUGCAAAGAGUAGAGGCAACUUUGCAACUCCUAACAUAAAUAUUAUGAGCUCAUUGGUUACUGUAGACAAUUUAAAUAACUUGAAAAAUGAAGAAGCCUGGGUUGGUUAUUAUUCGAAGGAAACAGCGUUUGCGUACAUUGGAUGUUUGUUGAUCAAGAAUGAGAAUCCAAAAGCUUUGUUUUCUCGGGCGAACAACAACCCAGGCAUUUGCUUUUCAGUGUGCAAAAAAUACAAUCAGAAUUAUAUUGGUUUAAACGGAGGCAAGUGCUUUUGUAUGCAAGAAAGGCCUAGUAAAAACAUAAAUCGGCCAGCAUGUGAUAUUUCGCCAGAUGGUAUUUUUGUAAAAGGUGGAGUACAUAAAGCUGAUGACUAUAUGUCAAUAUACGUAAGGAUAAAAACAGAUAUAAAUGUUACAAACCAUAACGGACAAAUUGGUGGCAAAUGUCUUUCAUUUGAGAGAAAAUCGACGAUAGAAUACCAGUGGAGUGCUUGCAUCAAUUCCUAUCAGUUUUUAUGUACAAAAAAUUCGAAUCAACAUGCUGAAUUUCAGAAUUUGCCUCUCAGUGCAUGGAGGCAUUAUGUUAAAACUUGUUUUGAACAUAACUGCCUUCCAAUCACCUAUAACGACAAGUUGAGUUCAACGGUAGAUGAGAAUGUUGGUCUUUCAUGGACAAAUGUUAUACGCAGUGAUGUUAUAUAUAAAUAUCAUGAAACUUCAAAUGUAAUAAGUAUAGAUGGAAGUGAAAAGUACGGAUUCAUUAAGAAAAGUGGAAAUAUUACAAAUAUGUAUUUUACAAAUAACAGUGCCAACAGUAAAUGGUACCUUCUUCAAACUCGUAAAUUGACGGAACCAAAUGUUCUCACAACUUUUACCUCAAGAAAUGCAACACAAACAACAUUUGCUUCUGUUACAUCAAAUCAUUUCACACCUCCCGUCGAUAAUACUCACAUUAUAAUUAGUAAAGAUUUUUUAUGAAAAAAUUAAUCUCCAGGAAUUAUAAUUCUUCUUAUAGGUCUAUGUAAACAAUUUGUGCUAAAAUGUCAUCUGUUUCAAAUGACCCAAUAACCUCUUCCUCGAUAUAUUUUUUUCCAGAAAUAUAACAUAAACAUUCAUUUUCAUACAAAUGCUUUCAAUGUUAGAAUUUCAUACAAUCAUUCUAUAUCAGUUUUUUUAAUUGGGUAAAUGACAAACUGAUAUAAUUUUUUUAAUGUUUGUUUUAUUUUCCAACGUAGGUUCUGACGUCACUAUCAUUAUCGUCAUCAUAUCAGUUGUAGCUGUAAUCUUAGUUGCUGUUGUUGUUGUUAUUGUAUUUUUAGUGUUACAAAGACGGGGUCAACUUCCAAGCAUGUGUAUCAGAUUGUCUGCCUUAGAUAUGUUUUCUAAAAGAACACCUGACCAAUUUCCUGCUGAAAGCAACGUUCAUUGUGAAUUUCAAGGGUCUGCUAAUGAACAAAUUGAUCAACGUAAUAGUUAUGUCAAUGAAGAAGCCAUAGAAAAUAUCCAUUUAGACAAUAAUGGCUAUUGCAUUCUCGAGCCAGGUGCUGUUGAAAGUCAAUCGUAUGACAUGCUUGAUGUGUCAUAGAAAAACUGAUGAUUAAAACAUUGAUAUUAAUAAUGGAUCCGGUGGAAAAUAUGAAAAUGUUAAACAUCUUUGUUUGUGAAAUUUAAGAUGCGCAAUUGUGAAUGCUUCAUUUUUGUAUACAACUAUGUAAAAUCAUGUAACUAU